AUGUGGGGUCUAGAUAGGCUCUCUUCGUACUCGACGCCCACCGGCACGCCGCCUCCACGACGCGACUCGUACUCGCCCGCUCCCCGAAGGGGCUAUCCAGCACCCGCGCAACCCGUGAGGCCGGGGCUGAAUCCGCGAUCGUCUUCGCUGACGCCCCUCAUAUCGCCCAAUGCUUCGACUGCGAGCCUGCCUCUAUCCGCGCGCAUGCCAAAUGGCGGGCCACGUAGGCGCCAGACAGGGGGUGUUCCGCCCAACGUGCCAGAUCCCGUACACGUGCUAGAGUCGAUUAUGGGAGGACCGCCGCGCAACUCGCCUGCCACGAACGGGGAAGACUCGACGCAUAUAUCGGAGAAGCCUGAAGUGGUAGAGGAGGAGAUUGAUUUCGGGGACCUGAGCUUGCACGAUUUCGCUGCGGCGAAGACUGCAGAGCGACAGCAGCCCACUUCUGUACAUACAUAUAGCGCGCAGUCAGUCGAAGAAUAUGACAAAGACAAAGACAAGUUUGAGGACCUUCACAAGUCGAUAUUGGCGUGCGAUGAGGUGCUCAAGUCGGUGGAAGCAAACCUGACAAACUUCCAGUCGGAUCUCGAGGCUGUGUCUGCAGAGAUAGAAUCUCUCCAGAACCGGUCCAUUGCUUUGAACACCAAACUGGAAAACCGAAAAGUGGUGGAGAAGCUCCUGGGACCGGCGGUCGAAGACAUCAGCAUAUCACCAGCUGUGGUGCGCAAGAUCGCUGAAGGUCCGGUCGAUGACGGCUUCGUGCGCGCCCUUGCAGAAGUCGAGAAACGGUCCAAGACAGUCAACGACAAGGCCAAAGAACAUCCAGACUUGAUGGCCAUAAAGGACGUCAAGCCCCUGCUGGACGAUCUCAUAAAUCGCGCCGUUGAACGAAUACGAGACUACAUAGUCGCCCAGAUCAAGGCCAUCCGUUCACCUUCCAUCAAUGCGCAGAUCAUCCAACAGCAAGCAUUCCUAAAAUACAAAGACUUGUAUUCUUUCCUCGCGAAACACCAAGCAGAGCUUGCGCAACAGAUAGCGCAGGCAUACGUGUAUACCAUGCGGUGGUACUACCUCAACCACUUCAGCCGCUAUCGAACUGCGCUCGAAAAGAUCAAAGUACAUGCUAUGGACAGGUACGAUGUUCUGGGCGAAGAUCCCAGUGCGAGAAGAGCUGGAACUCUGCUCGGUCAGUCUCGAAACGCACCAGUUGCAUACGACGCUUUCUCUCUCGGACGACGUCGCGACGCACUGAAGAGCUCCUCUGUCAAUGCCUUGCCAGCGAACGUUGCCGAGGACGAGAAGUCGCCGCAUUACCUCGAAGUCCCUUUCCGCAGCUUCAACCUCGCACUCGUCGACAACGCAUGUUUUGAGUACACGUUUAUAUCUACAUACUUCGCCCCAUCACAGAACUUCCACGCCAUUUCACGAACCUUCAACUCCAUCUUCGAGCCUACGCUAGCAGUCGGUCAAGCGGUUACAAAGUCGCUCGUGGAAGCAACAACAGACACGCUUGGUAUACUGCUGUGCGUACGACUUAACCAGCACUUCGCAUUCGAACUACAACGUAGGAAGGUGCCGACGGUGGAAGGCUAUAUUAACGCAACCAAUAUGCUACUCUGGCCACGGUUCCAGCAGGUUCUGGACAUGCAUUGCACCUCACUCCAGAAAGUCACUUCAUCUCUACCCGGCCGGCCUUCGACCGGUGCGGCGCUACUUGGCUCAAGCUCUUCCACCGCUACCUCCACAGCGCCAACACCUCUUACACAAAAGUUUGCAAACCUGCUUCAAGGCAUCCUGGCACUCUCUUCGGAAGCAGGCGACGAUGAGCCAGUCAGUGUAUCGGUGGCCAGACUGAGGAGCGAGUAUGAAGCCUACCUCACCAAGCUGAGCAAGGGUAUCAGCGAUGCACGGAAGAGGGAAAGGUUCUUGUGUAACAACUAUAGCUUGGUGUGUACGAUUUUAGCAGAUGUUGAAGGAAAGCUUUGGGAGGAGAUGAGGGCGCACUUUGAGAAGCUGAGAGAUGCUUUCGACAAAUAA